CGGCCUGCAUUCACGUAAAAGCUUUCCUAUUUAAAAAUGCAUGUACAUGGACACUUUUAUGUGCUCAGUGUGGCUACACAGGAAUAAGUUUACCCAUGAUCCUCUGCGCGGGCCGUGGAGUCUGCGGCUUAUUCAAAAAUGGAGGAAGAUGUGAGAAAGUCAGAAAGUGAGCGUUGUCAGUCAGCUCUCCCACAGACGUCUGACCAGCAAACUACAAGCGAAACCAGCGGUCAAAACCCAGCAGCUGACGAAGAUGAUAUCCAAACUAAACUGGACAUCAGUUCGGAUAAGUUUGACCCUCUUCUUGCACUGUAUUCCCCACAAGUGCCACUGCCAUUCCCCAAAAUCAAGUGCUUUAACAACAUAGCAGAAUAUGAGAGCUUCAUGAAAGGCGGUCGAGGCAGAGCCAAGCCCGAAAAUGUGGAGAAACGGCUCAGGAAAGCACAGAAAGGCAAAGUAGACCCGGAGAGGAUAGAAAGACUGAAGAAACUUAUGGUGAACAACCCGGUGGAGGAGGAGGGAGAAGGAAGCGGAGUGAAGCGAGCUUCGCGACAGCGAAAGACUGUAAAAAAUGUGCUCACGAGAAUGCCACUGCAUGGAGGCAGUCCAUUAGGAGUACUCAACAGAUGUGUCCAGGAGAAAAUCAGAGUCAAAGUUCACAUACGGACCUUUAAAGGGCUCAGAGGAGUGUGUUCUGGAUUUGUGGUGGCAUUUGAUAAGUUCUGGAACCUGGCAAUGGUAGAUGUGGAUGAAACAUACAGGGACCCUCUGCUGGGAGAGGCACUUUACCAUGAGAAAGCACUGACUAUCACAAGGCUCUUUGAAAAGCUAAAAGUGCAAGAGACUGCGGCUCUGGCUGCGGUGGAGAAAAAGGAAGCAGAGAUCUCGUCAGGCUCAGAUCCCCACAGUAGUUUACCUCAAUAUUACAAAGAUGCAAACGAAAGGCGUACUGACCCUAAACAAACCCAGAAAAGUUCCACAGUCUUGGAAAAAGAUCAGUUAGGUAAAAAAACCUCAAAAGUGACGCAACCUGAAAUAAAACGUAAGGUGGAGUACGGAAGAGUUCAUACACGUCAUGUCAAUCAACUAUUUAUACGAGGAGAAAAUGUUCUUCUCGUAAACAUACAAGAAGACUGAAAUAUUGGUCGCCAUUCUAGUGAUCACCUGGAAAUGAUUUGCUGUGAGGUCUAUAAGUGUAUCAUAUUGAUAUGUAUGUGAGCAAGUGGAAAGAAUACAUUUGAAUAAAAUGAACUCUGGUUGUUUUUUAGGUUGUCACCCACUUCUUUCUUUAAAUGACCACUAGGGGGAAGCAGUACACCAAAGCUUAGUGAGCAUACAUAUGCCACACCAUUCAAGCAUGCAGGGGAACAUUGUGUUUUAAAUUAUUGCAAAUAUUCAAUUCCCUCUAUGCGAAAAUGUCAUAAAUCUUUGUCUUGUUGAAACUCACUUAUGGCACUUAUCAAUACUUAAAUUAAAAGACCAACUCUGUUUAUGCCUGUCUAUGUGAAUAAAAUGACAGCAGGGUCUCUAUAGAUUUCUUUAAACACUUUAAAUGGGCUUUUAAGGUAGGAAAUUGCAUGUGGCACUCAAUGCUCUUGCCAUUUUUGAUUACUGCUUGUACUUGCUGCGUGUAUUCAGUGUUCACACAAUACUAACCUCAUGAAUUGUCUUUUUUACUUUUUGGUUUUGAGGUUUCUUUGUGAUACCACACCCAUGCAUGAUGCAAAGGUCUUGCAUUUUGUCACAAAUUCAUAAA